AUGGGGCCGGGGCUGGGACUGGGGGGCUGGGGGGCUGGGGUCUGGGGGGCUGGGGGGCCAGGGAUCCAGGGGGGCUGGGGGGCGGGGAGCCAGGGGGCCGGGGGCCCAGGGGGCAGGGGGCUGGUGACCCGGGGGCGGGUGGCCGGGCCGGGACUGGGGAGGCAGGGGGGCAGGGGCUUGGGGGCCGGGGGGCUGGGGAGCUGGGUGGCCAGGGGGCCAGGGGCCCGGGGGGCCAGGGGGCCAGGGGGUCUGGGGGUGGGGUCGGGGGGGCCGAAGGGCCGGGGCCAGGGGGCGGGGGAUGGAGGGCCGGUGGGGCCGGGGGGCCGGGGAGCCGGGCAGCCGGGGAGCCAGGGCGCCGGGGGGCCGGAGGGUGGGGGGCAGGGGGCUGGUGACCCGGGGGUGGGGGGCCAGGGCCGGGACCGGAGGGCAGAGGAGCAGGGGCCUGAGGGGGCCGGGGGGCCGGGGAGCCAGGGGGCCAGGGGGGCAGGGGGCUGUGGGGCCGGGGGGCCGGGGGGCCGGGGAGCUGGGGGCCGGGGAGCUGGGGGCCGGGGGGCCGGAGGGGGCUGGGGGCUGGGACUGUAUAAUGUUGGCUAUGCAGAUCAUUCACCAGAUUAUAAUAAACUUGCGAAUGAUAUGCAAUAA